AAUAUAAGGAACAAUGGCAAAGUUCAUCGCAGUACUCGUCGCCCUGGUCGCUGUGGCUCACAGCUCAGUAGUACCGGUAGUCAAAGUAGACGAUGACUCCUCCAGCUUUGCCUACGAUGUAGCUGAUCCUAACACUGGUGACUACAAAAGCCAAGUGGAGACACGUAAUGGUGGUGUUGUAAGAGGACAAUACUCUCUGAUCGAACCUGAUGGCACCAAACGCACUGUUGACUACACCGCUGAUGAUGUGAAUGGUUUUAACGCAGUUGUGCGCAAAGACCCUGUUGUGGCUUCCGUAGUUGCUGCUACUCCUGUUACCCGUACCGUUGUCGCCUCCGCUCCAUCUGUUGUUGCUGCCCGUACUUAUGCUGCCCCUACCUUGUACACUGCCUCGUCUCCAGUAGUAGCGAGAUCUUUUGUCGCACCUGGCGUAUAUGCGACUUCUUCUCCAACCGUGUUCUCUGCUCGCACCUACUCUACUCCUUCAUUUUACACGGGAGUACCUUCAGUAUACACUCCUGAAGUAUAUACCCGUUACGAUUCACCUUAUUACUCAACUUACGACUUACCCGCUACUUCCUAUAAAUAUUUGUAA